AUUAGACUCGCAAGUAGCAAAGAAGUUUAGUCGUUUGGUGAUUUGUAGAUAGUAAUUAAGUUAAUACUGGUCUGAUAAUAGUGAGCCAUCUUGGCUUGAGUACGAUUUCGACACGAGAGUCUGGCGCUAAUUGCGAGUGAAACAAUCGCAUUCUUCAACUAAGAAACCAAAACAAGAAAAAUCUUUUUCGCUGUGAUAUGUGAAGAAAACAAGAGAGAAGAAGGGAAAAAAUUAUAAGCUGCGAAGUGUUUUUGAGACUAAUUGGAGAAGAGCUACAUACUGAGAUCAAAAAUGAUGCUCAUCAAUUUGUUUGUUCUUUUCUUCGCUCUAACAAUAAUUGAUGCACAAAAUAACUGCCCAGGUAAAUGUAUCGACAUUCUCGAUUGUCCGGAACAUAGACACUUUUGGACUAAUCUUUGGACAGAAGAAACUUAUCAAACGAUCGAAAGUUUGCAAUGUAGCCCUAAGGGCACUUACCCGAAGAUUUGCUGCAAUCAGACAGAAACAACAGAGACCUUAGAAGAUAUUCCAGAUUUUCCAUAUGUGAUGAACCAUCCGAAUUUACGUUUGUUGGAUCAUCAAGCGUGCGGGUUAAAUGUGGAUUACGACAAUAAAACCAAAUUUAAUCAGUAUCCCUGGAUAGCACUGCUCAGAUAUCAAGGAUACGAUGAUGACUGGUACGACGAACGACAAGACAACGACCGAGAGAGAUUUUUUUGUAGCGGUACAAUCAUUUCCUCACGCUACAUCCUUACCUCUGCUCGAUGCAGAAAUCGAGGGAGAAACUACAGAUUGAUAGGCGUCAGGGUAGGAGAUUAUGAUCUAAGCAAGGAACGUGAUUGUGAAGUGGACGAAAACGGGCGCGAGGUGUGUGCCGAGAGGUAUCAAGAUUUCGAUAUAGCUAAAUCUGGAUUUUAUACUUAUCCGGACGAGGCUUCCAGAUUUCAAAGGAAAAACGAUAUCGCUCUUAUCAGGUUGAAUGAUACCAUAGACUUUAGUUUGCCAAAUGUCAAGCCCAUUUGUUUACCCUUCGGUUACACCGCAAAACAAUUUCGUCGAGAAAUAUCUUGGGUGGACGUGCCCGGCUGGGGUAUGACGACAUAUGCUCCCAUCAAAAGCUUAAAACUCCUAAGUGUAAAGCUGAAUGUAGUUCCCAACGAGUACUGUAAAAAAUUAAAUUUUUACGGGCAAAUAGCUAUUUAUUCAGAUGAAAAAGAAUGGUACAAAUUAAUAUGUGCUGGCGGUCAAAUUGACGUGGAACAUCCCUGUAAUGGUGACCUUGGCGGACCUUUACAUGCGGUUAGUACAUACGUAUAUGAUGAACACGACAACGUACGCACAGUCCAGUAUGGCGUGAUGACCGAGGAUAGAUAUCCAUGCGGCACCAAGCUCCGUCCCAACAUUUAUGCCAACGUCGCCUAUCAUAUGGAUUGGAUCCUUAACACUAUGACUGAUUAAAACGCGAUUAAUGGUGGAACGUUAAUCUUUCUCGUGUUUGAAAUAUAUAUGAUGAUAUAUGCAAAUCUAUCGGUAUUCCGUGACGAUGAAUUUAAUUUUUAUACAUAGGGCGUUUAAUGAAUAGAUAAAAUUUGAUUUCAAGAAAUUGACAAACUGAGUAGAAUUACAACGA